AUGACGUAUUCCGAAUUCAAUGAUAUUUAUCCACAUUCCAACCAAGAACUGUCUGAAAGUUACAUCGGUAUUCGGUACCGGGGUAUAUUGAAAAAGGCUGAGUCGGGUCCACGCGCUCACAUUCAUGAGGAAAACCCAGCAUCAUUGCUUAGAUCGCUCCGACCUUGUAUUCUCAUGUUCGACUACUGUCGAAUUAGAAACCUUCAUAGAAAAACUACUCAGCUAUACUCAAGACGAAAUUUCUCAAACUAUUCAACUCUUUAUAGACGUGUAUAUGUGCUAGGUGAAGGACUUGGUCAAUGGAGAGGUACAACUUUUUCGAAUAAUGGAAUGACUACCGAGCUUCGAGCUCAAUCAGAAGGUCAAGAUUCCACCUCAAAAAAGGACGGUUCUUCAACCUUCUCAGCCUCUUGGAUUUGUGUUGAUAGAGGGUUUCUAAAUUUGAGGCAUCAAUGGUCAGGCGGGUCUCGAGAGGAACAUCGUCAGGGAACUGUAGGGCUUACGUUCAAGGAAACGGAUGGCGAUUCCGAUGGCUUUGAGCCACUAGUCUCUUCAUUACCUAAUACGAGUCAAGUGCAAAGCUUACUAAACUUAUCAGCAAGCGAAGGGAAGAGGCAAGAGCUUACCUUAUUGGUUCCGGCGAAACCUACGCCACCCGGCCCUGAAGAUUGUUGCAUGUCAGGCUGUGCCCAUUGCGUUCAUGAUAUAUAUAUGGAGGAGCUCCAGGCUUACAAAUGUGCUAUGCGAAAUGUCAAGCAAAAGGUUCAAGAACUUGGCUCGCCUUAUUCAUCUGCUACGAAACAAAAUGAAGAUCUCGAGGAUGACAUGGAUGAUGAUAUGGAUCCUGCUACCAAGGCGUUUAUGAAACUUGAACGUAAACUGAAAGAUAAAUCUGCUAAGUCAACGAACACCAUUUAG